AUGGACGACAUGACCAAUGAUAUCAAUAUGGAUCCAGAUGAGCUGAGAGAGCUGCCGAGGAGGAUGAGCUCGGGCUGGGAGGAGAACGUGAAGGAUCGAAGGAAAAACGUCUCCGAGAAAGAUGCCUUUCAAUCAGACAAUCGCAAGACAAAACUCGAUCCGAUCACAAUGCCAAUGGGGAGAAGAGAUCCGAAAAAUAAUGAACAAAAAGACCUUGGAUCAAAAUCGCUCAAGUAUUGUCACAAUUGUCACAAUGACCACGUUGAUAUUCACCGGUUUUCUUUGCCUGAGUUGAUCGCUCUUCGUUGGGAGGACGUCACGGAUGGGGAGGAACAAUUGCUUGUGCGAAAGGCCAAAAACGAUCAAGAUGUCAAAGGACGAUCGAUGCUUGUUCAUUUACUAUUCAAGACGCAUACCUUGUGGAAGAAAUGGUUAAACAACGGAGUUUGUCUUCCCCGGACGGCAAGGACACAGCGUGGCGGCAAACGACAUCUCGAAAUUCUUUGGAUGGAACAACUACACGUCGCACUCACUUUGGGC